AUGCUACGUAAAUAUGAGCAAAGAAGGAAACAGAUUUUGGAAGAGGAACAGAAUCGAAAGAAAGAGGGAAUGAAUUUUUCUUCCGACGAAGAUGAUAUAUCAGAUGAAAUGUUCCUGUCAGCAGCUCAAAGAAGGAAGGAAAAAAUGCAUCGCCGAGCCUUGCUUAAACAUGUCCUCGCUCCUUCAUCGGCUCAACAAGAGGAGGAAAUGUUGGCGAAGAGACGAAGGCAGGAAGAAGAGAAGAAAACCGAAGAGUCUAAGAAAACACUGUUAGAAAAACAUGCAGAGUUGAAGGAACAUGACGCGAGCUUGGAUCCAAAAGAAAAGCAAAGAUUAGAAGAAGAGAGCCUUUUGGAAAGUGUUACCCAGAAUAGUGCUUUGCAUGCAGCUGUUGAAAUUGCUCAAGGAGUGCAGUAUACUGAAUCAUUCAAGACAUCUUGGCGACCACCAUCUCAUAUACGAAAUCAAACUGAGGAGGAUUUCGACGCAUUCAGAAAAAGAAGAGGAAUCACAGUGGAUGGAUUGGAAUGUCCUCCACCUAUAGGAAGUUUCUUGGUUCGUUUCUAG